AGUAGCAGAGGUGGAGAAACAUCGAUGUUAACAUCGAUGUCAUCGAUGUUUUGAAAACAUCGUUGACAUCGAUGUUUGGCAAGCCAACAUCGAUGUUUAUCAUCUCUAACGAGCAUCAAGCAGGGAAGACGUGAAAAUUUGUUCUGUUGGUGGUGUUGGCUGAGGUAGUGGAGUGGAGGCAUGGAGAGAUAUCUGAAACGAACAUCAAAAUCGGAUGAAAAUGUGGAGGAGCCAGCACCAGGUCCAAAAAAGAAGCGGGAAGCUUCGGUUGCCUGGGAUCACUUCAAAAAAGACGUUAGAAAGACACACGGAGUUUGCAAUUAUUGUGGCAAAGCUAUAAAAACAAACGGUAAUACUACAAACCUUCUCGACCAUCUAAGGCACAUGCACCCAGAUCGCCUUAAAGUUGGAAAAGGCCAAAAUGACAAUGCAACUGCUUUGGAUGUGUUCGUGGGAAGGUCAACGUUUUACAGUAACGAUUCUGCCAGAAAACGGAAACUCGACGAAAUGGUGAUGAACAUGAUAGCUGUAGACGUUCAACCAUUCAGCUGUGUUGAGGAUGAAGGUCUCAUUAAUCUUUUAAGAGAAAUGGACCCGCGCUACAAGCUGCCAAGCCGGACCCACUUGCGUGACACAGUUCUUCCAAAUCAAUAUGACCGUUUAAAGAUCGUCCUAAUUUCUGUUUUGGACAAGAUCGACUUUCUGGCCCUAACGACUGAUCUGUGGACAUCGAGGGCAAACGAGGGGUACAUAACCAUAACGUGUCAUUUUGUGUGGACCGGCGCAAAACUGAUCUCGGCAGUAUUGGCAACUAGGCAGCUUGUAACAUCCACAAACCACACGGCUCCCAACAUAGCCGAAACUAUAUCAUCUGUGCUGACAGAGUGGGCUAUUGCAAGUAAGGUGGUUUGCGUAGUAACGGACAACGACUCGACGAUGAAGAAAGCGUGUGAACUGCUUAAAUACAAACACUUGCCCUGCGUGGCACAUACAAUUAAUUUACUUGUGCAGGAUGCUCUACGUUUUCCAGUUGUUGAGAGUAUAUUAAGCAAAUGCAAGUCGAUCGUCGCCUAUUUUAAACGAAGCACAGUAGCGUAUGAAAAAUUCAAGGAAGCGCAGGGAGUAGACCAGCCCGUUGGACUGUUGCAAGAGAUGCCUACUCGAUGGAAUAGUGCUUACGAAAUGAUCAAGCGGAUCAUUAAAACAAAUGAGCACAUCACUGUCGUGCUGGUCACAUCUCGGAAUGCACCUCCACCGCUUACGCCAGACGAAGUAGAUGUCUGACAUGACUUGUGCGAACUUCUGUCCCCGUUUGAUGAUGCCACUCUAUCAGUUUCAACCAACACCACCG